GCCUCCACGCUGGAGGAGCUCAGAGUAUACAGAUCUCGCCACAGUGAAGCUUCUAGACUCAAGCUUGGUUGAAAUAUAAAACAAAACUUUUCGGCUCGGUGCUAUUUAUCAACAGACAGGACUUUAAACAGCACAGAGCGUUGUAUGCGCGCCGAGACGAAUUUUGGGCAUUGGCGAUCGCUUUACGCAGUGAAUUUCUAACGGGACGCGGAGUUUACGAACUUUGUCUCAGAGCUCACGGUACUUGUGAAAGCGCAACAGAGACGGUAGAAGUCAAAAGUUUCGUUUUCUUUUCUAUGUCUACCAAGAUGGAAACUACUUUCUACGAUGACUCUCUAAACAGCGCUUUCGCUCAGCAUGACGGCGCUACAUUUGGAUACAACCACAAAACUCUGAAACACAACAUGACGCUGAACCUGACCGACCCAGCCGGCAACCUGAAAUCCCACCUGCGGGCGAAAGCCAGCGACAUCCUCACCUCUCCGGACGUGGGACUGCUUAAGCUGGCUUCACCGGAGCUGGAGAGGCUCAUUAUCCAGUCCAGUAACGGGCUGAUCACCACAACGCCGACUCCGACUCAGUUUCUGUGCCCUAAGAACGUGACGGACGAGCAGGAGGGCUUCGCAGAGGGGUUUGUGAGGGCAUUGGCCGAACUGCAUCACCAACACAUGCCCAACGUCACAUCUGCUCCCCAAACGACUAUCAACAACACCAUGGCAUCCGUCUCAUCCAUGGCAGGUGGCGCGGCGUACAGCUCCGCCGUGCGCUCUGAUCCGCCGGUGUACGCUGACUUGAACACUUUCAACCCCGCCAUCAGCAGCGCGCCCUCGGCAGCCCAGAGUUUCAGCGCCACCAACCCCGCAAUGAGCUUCACGGCCGCGCCGCCACAGCACACCGUGAGCACGCAACUGCCCGUCCAGCACCCGAGACUUCAUGCGAUGAAAGAGGAGCCCCAGACCGUGCCGGAGAUGCCCGGCGAGACUCCUCCCCUCUCCCCCAUUGACAUGGAGAGUCAGGAGCGGAUUAAAGCCGAGAGAAAGCGCAUGAGGAACCGGAUCGCCGCCUCCAAAUGCCGGAAGAGGAAACUGGAGAGGAUCUCCCGGCUGGAGGACAAAGUCAAGAACCUGAAAUCGCAGAACUCGGAGCUGGCGUCCACCGCCAACAUGCUGCGUGAACAAGUGGCACAGCUCAAGCAGAAAGUCAUGAACCACGUCAACAGCGGCUGCCAGCUUAUGCUGACACAACAGCUGCAGACGUUCUGAGAAGGACGACAGGACAUUUGAGUUCUCUUAAAUAGACACAAUGGACAAACUUCAAGGGCUAUAUCUGUGAGCCGGCCGGGUCAAGCAUGACUGCCGGCAAUAGUCAGCUGGGACCGGGACUGUCUGGCCGAGUGCCUCGCGCUCUGGGGCGUAAAAGGGUGUUCUGACUGGACUUUUGGGGAGUACAAAACUUUCCAAACUCGGUCAGAUAGAGACGGAGAGCAUGAGAGACUCGCUCUAUUACAUGAGAAAAGAGACUUAUCCUUGUUCAUUUCGACCAGGUUGUGCAUGGACCUAAAGCUUAAAUGGAGCACUCAGUAUUAUAGGACAAAAAAGGGCCGGGGACAAGACUACAUUACAAUAUAGUGAUAUAAAUGUCUGGCGCACCAAGAGUCGUGUCCUCUAAACUUUUGAUAAAGAGUUACAUUGUACUUUUUGUUCUUAAACUGAAUUGAAUCGACUUUUUUUUCUUUCAGUUAGUUAAACGUCAGCCGUUUCUUUUUCUAAAAAGUUCAUUAAUGAGGUUUCACUCAUUGUUAUUUGUAAAUAAGAUCAACCAGGAGUACUUAAGUUUACAAUUUAUAAUUUUUUAUGUUUGUUUUCUGAGCACAUCAGAAACUAAUCGAUAUUUAUGAAGUGUAAUAAAGUAUGUGAAGUGAAAACAAUGUCCCUGUGUUCU